AUGGCUAACACUACUACUCCCGACCUUACUUCCCAUCAAACCGCCUUGGCAAUUCUUCCGCCUGCACAUCUCGUCGACCAUGUCAACACCUUGCGCGAAGCCUACGAUAAGGCUUAUCACAAAUGGCCUGCUCACAUAAAUCUUCUUUAUCCUUUCGUUCAUCCAGAUUCUCUGCAUAACGCCACCUCCAUUCUGCGCGCAGCCUUGGACAGCUCCAACCUGAGCAGCGCAACACUGAAGUUGGAUGAAACUGGCUACUUUACCCACAAGCACAACAGCACCAUUUACAUCUGUCCCGCGGAGCAUGACCGCCUCCGCACUCUCCACCACGCCUUGUUCACCGAGUUUUCUCAAAAUUCCAUCCCCCAGUACAACCCGCAUCUAACUGUCGGACAAGCUGGUAAUGAUGAGUUGCGCGAUUCUCUAAGAGCUAAGGCGCGCUUAUUACCGACCAUUGAAUGGCCUUUGGAGGAACUGGCCAUCCUCGUUCGGGGCGACGACAAUGUGAUGAGGGUAUGGGCAACCAUUCCCAUCUCUACGGACCAACAAACCUCUUCGCCGCGCCCUUCAGCCUCGCCGAAUCAGACUUCCAACGUUUCAAAAGAGCCGACGUACCAAUUCAGUCCGUCCGCUGCUUCUUGGAUCCCAUGCACAACUGUGGAAGCUCCUCAGAUGAUGCCCCCUUCCUUCAGAAUAUCCAGUUACAACGUUCUGGUCGACUCCAUCUAUCCGCCUGCCUAUGAACGCUUUGGAAUCUUGGUUCGCACUAUUCUUUCCGAAUCCGCACGCUCCGAUGUGCUCGUUCUUCAAGAAGUUUCCGAUGACUUUCUGUGCCACCUCCUCCGAGAUGAUGAGAUCCGCAGCUUGUGGCCGUACGUAUCGCAUGCUCCACCCGAUCAAGGAGACGUCGGGCCAUUACUAAGUCUGCGCAACAUCGUUGUGCUUUCACGCUGGAGCUUCGACUGGGAGAUGGUGACGUUUGAAAGGCGCCACAAAGGCGCAGUCGUCGUCAAAAUGAAGAGCGUCGGCAAGGUGUCUGAGUCUGGAGAAUUUUCUCCUCUGGUCAUUGCCGGUGUUCAUCUGACGUGUGGCCUUACGGAUGGUUCUGUGGCCGCUAAGAAGAGAGACUUCAACGUUACGACCUCGACGCGUACCAUUGAGGAUGCCAUCAAGACCCAAUCUGUCUCUGCUCAGACAGUCCGCACGCUGAGCGGAUUCGAGCAGCUUCUCUCAGAAACUGGCUUUGCAGACGCCUGGGCCGUUUCUCGGUCUCAUCAUGGUCCUGAUAGCGCAGACGUCGAUGAUGAUGACCUCGCUGAGGGAGAGCAAGGCGCAACCUUCGAUCCGAGGAAAAAUCCACUAGCUGCUGAGAUCGUUGGUCAUGGCCUGACCCAUAGACCUCAGCGUUACGACAGAAUUCUGCUCAAAGGAGAGGACGCUUUGGAGGUUGCCAACUUCAACACGUUUGGGCACCCAGACUCUGAGGAGCAGCGUUGCGGAAGUGACCAUUGGGGCGUGCGAGCAACCAUCAAAGUCACCAAAUCGCCUGCUUUGGCAAACGCCGAGAUUGAGAACAUUCCCCUUGUCGCUCCUCCUGCAAAGCUUAACUCUGCGUCGCUCCAGAGCUUUGUCACUCAUCACUCGACAGCUCCAACAGCAGCAGAUACGCAGAAACGACGGGAAGUCUUUUCCUUAUUAGAGGCCACGCUUCAGCAGAUCUCUGCAGCCGGCAGUAAAAUCCCCUUGGUUGUCGUACCUGUUGGUUCAUACGGCCUUGGUGCCUGGAAUGCCGGCUCAGAUAUUGACUGUCUGUGCAUCAGCUCUGUUAGCUCGAAAACGUUCUUCACCCUGGCCGUCAAGAACCUGCGAAAAGCCGCGCCGCAAGGUGUUCGCAUCCUCCGCAAAGUCGAAGCCCACUCAGGGACGAUGCUUGAACUUGAUAUUCAAGGCAUCAAACUCGAUCUUCAGUACUGUGCUGCCGCGAGAAUUGCAGAUUGUUGGCCUACUCCGCUUUCGCUCCCUCCGACAAACGCCCUUUUCUCGCUCCCACUUCAGACGCUGUCCAAGCUCAAGGCGAUCCGCGAUCUCGCUCAUCUCCUACAGACCACGCCCGACCUACCCGCUUUCAGAGUAGCCUACCGCUUCCUGGUCAUCUGGUCCAUGAGCCGAGGCGUAUAUGCCGCUCGGUUCGGAUUCCUCAGCGGCUCCCACAUUUCCUUGAUGCUCGACCGUGUCGCCAAGCUCCUCUACCACAACGGGCACGAUGUGACGGCCGCGCACUUGGUCUGUACAUUUUUCGAGUACUACGCCGACUUCGACUGGGCUAAGAACCUUGUCGAGGACCCGCUCACGCGUUCGGUUCCGGGAAUGGGUAGGCCGUAUCAGCGCCAUGCCGGCGAGCCCAUGGUCGUGCUUGGAUACCACGUUCCUCGAGCGAACAUUGCGCGGGCUGCAACAGUGCCUGCCGUUACGGUUCUUGCUGAGGAGUUCAAACGCGCGAACCAGGCCGUAAAGGAGUGUGCGGAAGAAGACAGUGUUCUCGCUUGGACAGACAUUGCAGGCGAUAGUGCUUCUGAGUUCUUGGCCGCUUACAAGAGCUAUAUCCGCAUCGACGUUCAGUACUGGGGGAAGAGUUCAGUCAAGGGAAGACAGUUAGUCGGAUGGGUUGAAAGCCGCUGUCCUCAGAUGCUUGUCGACCUCAACAGGAAAGUCCCCGAAAUCCACGGCCGGAUGUGGCCGAUGCGGUUCACGCGGGAAUCGGACAACGAAAGCGGCGAUCAGUACGGAUGCUACCUUAUCGGACUCGCGAAGCGGCAAGAUGCGGCGGAGUCGUCGGGCGGCAAGGACGACGCCGAGCGGAAGCUGGCGCAGAACAAGCUCGACGGAGUCCUAGAGCGCUUUUCCGAGCAGAUCCGUGGGAACGAGAACUUCUUCGACCCGGCCUCGGCGUGGGUCGAAGUCAAGCAGGUCGGGCGUGCCAAGCUGGAGCAGUUGGUCGUGGAUCGCAGUGACUGGGGCAGUGAUCUGGAAGAGAGCUGGGAAUUCGAGGACGAGGAGGACGAGGACGAGGAUGAGAUGGACGAAGCCCCUGAGCUAGACGAGCUGACUGAGGCGCCCGCGGAGGCCGAGACCCAAGCCGAGGUGGUGCCCAGAGUUGGCAAGAAGCUCCGGCCGGCAACUGACAUUCUUAACCGACUUCGCUGGGAUCCGAACCUUAACAGCGCCGACUACGUGGUAGGCUACGUGGACCGUUUCCUGGGGACGCGGGAAAUUGCGUUGGAUCGCUGGAAAGUGGAGCAGACGGACGAGGAGUUUAUCCCACAGCACCGGAUCCUCUAUUUCAAGCGGAGAUCGGACGGGGUCAGGGUUUGGGAUAGGGAGGCGAGGCUGGAUGUACUUUCUGGGAAUAGCUCGUAG